GCGGCCCCGUGGAGCGUACACUGCGUGCGGGUACCCGCCAAGCCCGCCGGGCGCUGGAUACCCGUGUGCCCGGGCCGGGGCUUGAGGAACGGGCUCCGGGCCCGGGCGGUGAGCCGCGAGCAGCUCGGACUGCGGCGGCGCCAGAGGCAGCGAGGAGCACCAGCGAGACCGUAAAGAACAGGUCCAAGAAAAGCUCCAAGAAAGCAAAUACCACGACCACCAGCAGCAGCAGCAGUAAGUUGCCCCCGGUUUGCUAUGAAAUUAUUACCUUGAAGACUAAAAAGAAGAAGAAGAUGGCUGCUGAUAUAUUCCCCCGUAAAAAACCAGCUAACUCCAGCACCACCACUGUCCAGCAGUACCACCAGCAGAAUCUCAGCAACAACAACCUUAUUCCAGCCCCGAAUUGGCAGGGUCUUUAUCCCACCAUUAGAGAAAGAAAUGCGGUGAUGUUCAAUAAUGAUUUGAUGGCAGAUGUACAUUUUGUGGUUGGGCCACCAGGUGGGACUCAGCGGUUGCCAGGACACAAAUAUGUUUUAGCUGUUGGGAGCUCUGUGUUCCAUGCAAUGUUUUACGGAGAACUUGCUGAGGACAAAGAUGAAAUCCGUAUACCAGAUGUCGAACCUGCUGCUUUUCUCGCUAUGCUGAAGUACAUCUAUUGUGAUGAAAUUGACUUGGCUGCUGACACAGUGCUGGCCACUCUUUAUGCUGCCAAAAAGUACAUUGUCCCUCACCUUGCCAGAGCCUGUGUUAAUUUCCUGGAAACCAGCCUGAGUGCCAAGAACGCCUGUGUGCUUCUCUCCCAGAGUUGCCUGUUUGAGGAGCCAGACCUGACCCAGCGUUGUUGGGAGGUGAUCGACGCCCAGGCCGAGUUAGCUCUCAAGUCUGAGGGAUUCUGCGAUAUUGACUUCCAGACCCUAGAAAGUAUCCUUCGCAGGGAAACUCUGAAUGCCAAAGAAAUUGUGGUUUUCGAGGCAGCUCUCAACUGGGCUGAAGUAGAAUGCCAGCGACAAGAUCUAGCCUUGAGCAUCGAAAAUAAACGCAAAGUCCUUGGGAAGGCACUUUACUUGAUCCGAAUACCCACAAUGGCCCUUGAUGAUUUUGCAAAUGGUGCUGCACAGUCCGGAGUUUUAACUCUCAAUGAGACCAAUGACAUUUUUCUCUGGUACACUGCAGCCAAAAAACCAGAGUUGCAGUUUGUGAGUAAAGCCCGCAAGGGCCUUGUCCCCCAGCGCUGUCACCGCUUCCAGUCUUGUGCCUAUCGGAGCAACCAGUGGCGUUAUCGAGGCCGCUGUGACAGUAUCCAGUUUGCAGUGGAUAAAAGGGUGUUCAUCGCUGGCUUUGGCCUGUAUGGUUCCAGCUGUGGCUCUGCAGAAUAUAGUGCCAAGAUUGAACUCAAGCGGCAGGGUGUUGUCCUGGGGCAGAACUUGAGCAAGUAUUUCUCAGAUGGCUCUAGCAAUACGUUCCCCGUGUGGUUUGAAUACCCAGUGCAGAUUGAACCAGACACCUUCUACACAGCCAGCGUGAUCCUCGAUGGCAAUGAACUCAGUUACUUUGGACAGGAAGGCAUGACGGAGGUUCAGUGUGGCAAAGUGACCGUGCAGUUCCAGUGCUCCUCAGAUAGCACCAAUGGCACUGGGGUCCAGGGAGGGCAGAUCCCCGAACUUAUAUUCUAUGCUUGAAAACUCAUUUCCCUAAGCAGUGUGAGCUGUUGUGAAGUGCACAUCUGGUUCCUACUUGCUUGAUGCUUAGCUCAUCUGCAGAUAUAUGAUCAGCGCAGGUGAUUGGUAAUGAAUGAAGCUAUAUGCAGUUUCUCAUUUCUUUUAAUCGUGUACAGGCAAAAAUGCAGCAUUCAGCUUUUAACUAUAUGCUUAAAAGAACCAAGCUCUUAUUUUUAGAAUACAUCUGUAUAUCUAGAGAGGUUCUGUGCU